AUGAUGGUCACAGUAAAGUAUCUCGGUCUAUAUGACUUUGUGCCCUCCGAGGGAGCUGCCAUUGCUUUCGCCGUUCUCUUCUUUGCUCCUAUGGUUAUGCAUGCGUUUCAACUAUUCCGCACAAAAACCUGGUUUCUCAUUCCAUUCCUGAUAGGACUCACAUCACCAGCAUUGGUCCAAUAUAUUCUCAUCUUGGUGGCCCCCGCGCUGCCAGCAUCUAUAUGGAAUUUGGCCGUGUAA